AGGUAAUGGAAAUUGAUGAGAAAUCAAAAUUAUCUGUAUGGGUUUGAUUGGAUCUCCUCUGAUUAAUGUAUGUUAUCACUGUGUUUAAUUCCUCUCCCUGGUUUGAAACAUGUUUGCAUGCAUAGAAUUUGUAAUGCCUGUCAAAAUUAUGUGUGCAACUGUAUCUGGUAUUUGCCCGAUAUUCAAAAUAUAGUAGAUUCUUGCAUGUACUGGUCACCAACUUGAUUAGCAGAUACUGAGCUCAGCAAUGCAAAUGUGUAGAGUUCAUGUCACAGACUCACAUCCGUAGAACACUAGGUGUUGUAGUCAUUUAUUUAAGAUUGAUCUUUAUAACAUUUGUCAUUUCAGUAAAAGAACGUUAAGUUUACAGAAGUGUAUUUGGAGAUAUCCACCAGAACUAUACUGAAUCUUCUAAAGCUUGACUGCAGUGUGUAUAGACUUGUCAGUAAUGAAGAAUUUGUGUUUUUCAGCCAAAACAGGAGCUCUGCCUUUGCAUUGAAGAUAAGGAAUUUAUCGUAGCGUAAAAAAAAAUCUUUGGAGGACAGGUAAGUAGAAAUGAGGAGCAGCAACUGGAACAUGAAUGACUAAUAGUACAACUUGUGGCGAGGAAGCUUCAUUUGUGUUCUGGAAGGGAUGGCUCAGACGAUACAAGGUGAGCAUGUUGAAUGCUAGUUGUGAUAUCCAUCUUCCACAUUAAAACUUAUUUAUUUUUUCCAAGAAACUUUGUCCAAUCCAUCCACCAUCACUAUUUCACAAGUAGUUCUAGCUAGGGGAGAUCGUUACGCGUGAUCUGGAGCUGGUUCUCUAAAUUUUGUGGUUUCCAUUAGAUAAAGGGGUUUUAUAUGUGAUGCAUCAUGUCCACAAACUCCACACCAAUGGUAUUCCUUGUCACGCACAAAUAGCAAAAAACAAGGAAUUCGAGUGUAUCUAACUUAGCUUAUCAGGAAACUGUUGAAUCAUCAGCUGAAUUAUUGAUUCAAUUGAUAUCACCAAAGUUUAGCCUCUCUCGAAUCUUGAUUCUUCACACAAUUUUUCUAUAUAUGAUGCUAACAACAAAAGUUCAGUCUGUUUCGAAUCUUGAUUCUUCUUUAAAAGUAUCAAAGGUCAGCCACUCUCCUGGACAUAGCUAACUGUAUGAUUUUGGCCCCUCCCAAUUCCCAAAAGCAAAGAUUACAAAAGGUGGUAGAAUAGAACCUUUAGACAGAGAACAUAUAUUCUACCCGAUUAGCCACAUCUCAUAGCGAUUCCCUUGCACCUCAGUUAAGCGUGCAAUCCUGCGCCGACCACUCCCUCCUCUUUACCCGCCGCAGUCAUCUAUAAAUAAGCACCGUUGGGUCAUCACCAUCAUCCAACUCCAAGAACACAACAGCCUAGAGCAAGCUCAAGUGAAGUGAGCUGAUCAGAUCGAUCAAUCACAAAUCCCCAAGAACAACAGCCUACUUGCUACCCACCAAUUCGCUCGAUCAGCAAUGGCGGACAGAGUGAUGAAGCUGGCGUCGCAGCGGGCGGUGGUGAUCUUUGGGGCGAGCAACUGCUUCAUGUGCCAUGCAGUGAAGACGCUGUUCACAGAGCUGGGCGUGAGCUGGACGGUGCACGAGCUGGACAAGGACCCCCGCGGGAAGGACGUCGAGAGGGCGCUCGUUGGCAUGGUCGGACGGAGCCCGCCCAUCCCAGCCGUCUUCAUCGGCGGCAGGCUUGUCGGCACCACCGACCAGGUCAUGACACUGCACGUCGGUGGCCAGCUCGUGCCGCUCCUCCGCCAGGCCGGCGCCCUCUGGCUCUGAAGAGUCAAGGACAACAGUGGCUGAUGCGUGCGUGCAGCUAUGUGUGAUCGCAGCCUCGAAAUCGAGCUAAGCUAGUGAUCAUAUAGUGCGUGCACUGCAGUGCAGCUACAUAAUUUUGGAAAGGUCAUCAAACAUAUUAACGGUCAUGAUCUUUCAGUUGUACCUUUUGUUGUCAUAAAAAGAGUAGAAAGGAAGCUUUGUAAGAGAUAAGCAUCCUGAGCAAUAUUAAAAGAGCUUAUGCUUAUUAUCCUGUCGUUGCUUAACUAAUUUGAUGCUUUGCUUAAUCUGGAUGGCUGUUGUGCUAAGGCUGUAAGAGAAUCCACGGUAUAUAUAAUGCUCCUCGGCAAAUGGAG